CUAGCUAUGGGUUAGAGAUUUCAUUUGGUUAAUUAACUGCGUUUCAUUAUGGUUUGUGUGUUGUGUGAUCACGCUCCAGACUCGAGUCAGUCUGGGUAUGAAUGAUCGAGUCAGUCUAGGAAUGAAUGAUCUCAGAUAACGUGAUGUUCUUGAGAAGGGUGCAGCUAGAGUGUAUUUGUUGCUGUUCCCUGACCGUCUUCUGGUACAGUAGCUGUGUUUUCGCUGUCGGUGACGUGAUGACUGGAGUCUGCUUCGUGGGACUUUGGAACGUGAAGGCCUUGCAGUGGUUCGUUCUGGCGCCACUCUUUUUCUACCUGGUGUUGGGCACCGCCUUCCUCCUCACGGGUUUCGUUUCACUCUUCAGGAUCCGAACCAUUAUGAAGCACGACGGCACCAAGACGGACAAACUGGAGAGGUUCAUGGUUCGCAUCGGAGUGUUCAGCGUCUUGUACACAGUGCCAGCCACGGCACUCGUCGCCUGCCUCUUCUACGAGCAAGCCUACCACGAUGAGUGGAUGGUGGCGUGGCAGAGGGAGAAGUGUGGGUCACGUGAUGAACCGUGGGUCACCUACAGCAUUAACUGCCCAGCCGGCGUUGACCACAAUACUCCGCUCUCCAAGCCCGACUUCAUCUUCUUCAUGAUCAAGUACCUGAGCACGCUGGUGGUGGGCAUCACCUCCGGCUUCUGGGUGUGGAGCAGCAAGACUCUCGCUGUCUGGAAGAACUGCUACAACCGCUGCUUCGGCCGCAGGACUGAGAGUUAUGUGUGACAAUCCGCCCCCGCCUGGCCCACUAACGCCCAUGCCCUUACGCAGGGAGGAGCUGGUGCUCCUCUCACCCCACAGCCGCCCCCCUCAACCGCCACUACCACUGCUGUGGCCAGACUCCUGCCAGAGGAGGCUGUGCCCUUCAGGCCAACCCGCACACCUGAAGAAACCAACUUCUGAAGCGGGUAGGUUGUGGGCGGGUUGCUGCUGGCGGUGCCCGGGACGUCAUGGCCUCAUCCAUUGAAGUCGGUUCCUUGGGAGUUCGCGAGAGUAUUCAUGUCACAAAAACAAGGAACCGUCUUAGUAACUCGCGAGAUAGUUGCCAAUGUCCCCAAAUUUACCACUGUUCUCAUGUUCAAAAAAACAAAAAUAUUCUGGUUUAGCACUGUUAAACAAAAGACUCCCUUGGGAGGCUGCACUUAUAAUUCACUAUACAAAUAUGUUUUUGGCACUUAUCUAUUGGUGAGUAAGUUUACAAGAUCCCGGGCCAGAGCGGGAGGGUACAGGAUAUAUUGGACAGCUCCUGGGCCAGAGCGGGAGGGUACAGGAUACACUGGACAGCUCCUGGGCCAGAGCGGGAGGGUACAGGAUACACUGGACAGCUCCUGGGCCAGAGCGGGAGGGUACAGGAUACACUGGACAGCUCCUGGGCCAGAGCGGGAGGCACAAGUCGCUAUUCGGACUGCGACACUUUUUUUGUUAUUAAUUUUAGUUUUUUUUUUUUAAUCUUCCUUGUGUGGAGGGUUUGUACUUCAUUUUUAUGCAUUAUUGAGUUGAGUGACAGGGUGUGGUGUGGUGCAAUUGUCUUAUGUAACGACACACUCGUCCUCACGCACUCACACAGGAUACCACUCACGCUUCUUUCAAGUCCUCCAGUGUUGGCAUCAGACACUCGAUAUCGAGUAAUAUUAAUAAAAAAGAUACUCUUACCUGUGUACAUUAUUUUUACCCGCCACACUAGGGUGCCCUAGAAGUGUAAACACAAGGGACUUCCAGUAUACUGGACCAGUGACCGAGCUGAGUGUAUGUUGUGAGUGCGUGGACACGUUGAACACAUGAUGGGUCGGUCUGGUAGUCAAGAUCUGUCACAUGUUUGAAAUGUUUCUCACAAUGUUUACGACUAUACCAGAAUAUAACCACCAAAAGGUCUGACAAGGGACACUACCAAGACUAAUGUGUUCGGAGAGCAUGUUCGAAGUACUGUUCUAAAUUAAUUCUUCAAAUAGCAUGGUCAGGAAAGUGGUCUUAUAACCCAUCUCUUAAAAUAACGUUGGUCAAGUUGGUAAAUGGGUUGAACCAUCUAUGAAGACCACCUUCGUAAAACAACACUAGUCUGUUAAAUCUGCUGUUAUUGUUUUUAGGUUGACUUGUCAAGACUGCUGUUAAGCCUAGCAUGACACAGUUCAUGGAAUAGUCUUGACAAUUGGGUUGACACGAGGCAAAGUGAAAUCAUAUUCACCGUCUGUCUAUAUACAUACUACGCGAGACCGACCCAAAAUUUGUAUCACGUGGAACUCUGAGUGCGUCGAUGCCCUAAACUAGUCUAUGUAGAUCUUACUUCAGGUGACAAGGGCGAGGAUGCCACCACACCCGUAUAUAGCCCUUCAGGUGGUCUAUGUAGUUCCUUCUACAGGAGGUGACAAGGGCGAGAAUACUGCCACACUCGUAGUCCUUCAGGUAGUCUUUGUAGGUCCUUCUGCAGGAGGUGACAAGGGCGAGAAUGCCGCCACACUCGUACUCAGUCCUUCAGGUAGUGGAGGUGUACCAGAUGGCCCUCAGCCUGCAGGUCACGAGUGACACUGGUCCUUAUUACAAAUGUUAUUAGAGCCUCAAGUGUCCCUCGCCUGGAUGCUGAGGAUACGCCACUAUAGGUUUUAAUGCUUACUUUAAGAAUCUAAGACAUAGAAUGACAUGAUGAAAAUGUCACUAUUAAUGUAUCAUGUUUAUAGGCUCUAUGGCACAGUCAUAUCCUCGAGUGGCACUUAUGACACUGUCAUAGUCCCGAGUAACACUUGUGUGUGACACUCGUAACUUUGAGUGGCACUUGCAACACCGAGCUAUACUUUCACUCAGUCCAGCUAACAAAGAUUAUUGUUACAUAGACAAUCCGGGUUGGCAAGAUUAUGUCCCAAGUUUGUAUACAAUUUACAUGUAGACUGUAGCCCUCUAUGAACAGUGUUAAAAUACUCUUCAAUCUCAACCGAAGAGCAUUUAUGUGAAUGAUUUAACUCGUCAGACUGCCUCAUUGGUGUGAGUUUAACAUAUAAAGAUUGUUUUGUAGCAGCCACGUGAAGGUUGAUACAAAGAAUGCCUUAUACUGAAGCUUUGGGGUUUCAGCCUCUGUAGUCUGGUGGAAAGAUGAAUGAAACUGAAAUUUCAUGAGACAUAAUUGUACUUAGCUGAUAUUAAAUAUCUGAGAUGCCUAGACUGAUAAUCCACUGGCUGCCACUCUGUCACCCUUGAAGAAAUUGAGAGAUCCAAGAUGGCUGCCUAGGUGGUGGACGAUCAUUCAUGAACACGAGAAACCCAGAUCAACAUCAAUGUUGAGUAUUAUAAUAAAAUUAAUUUCUAAUAUUUUUUUUAGGCAAAGGAAGUCACCUUCGGAUGAUUUCAUUAUAUAAUAAAAUAUCCUCCAUGAUUCCACCAUCAUGAGUUAUCUCCUCUGCAUCAUCUUUCAGAUUGACCAUUGUCGUGUGGAUUAAACACCUGUCAGAUCGUUCACAUCUACAUAAGAAAGAUGAGCAGUUGAAAAUUAACUUCAAAGUGAUAAGCAGUGUUGAUCUCUGUUGCAGCUACAGUGGCUCAAUUCCUGGUGGUGCAACCCAAACACUUUGAGUUAAGGUGGCACCACAAAGACUUGGCAGGCUCGUUCUCCUCCCUUCGAAAUUUCAUUGGAUCUGCGUCUUGAGGUUUGUCCAGCCCUCCAAAAUACUAGCCUAAAAUUAGCCCUAUGCAUUUUCAUUUGAAUUCCUCAGCAGUCGGAGGCAAAAUUUUAGGUCUUGCCUAAAGAUGUGCAUUUAUUUUUUUCCCUUUCCUUGAGAGCCAAACUUAAUAAUGAAUAUCUGACAUUGUUUCUCACACUUCUUGCUGUUGCAAGUUGUAUUUGAGGCUGUUGAUUCAUGGACAACAGCUUCUGUAUCAUUUCCUGCUUCAAGAGCUUUUAUAGCCUCUACGUGUGUCACAGUAACAUAUCACUGUAUCACAACCAGUGAUCACAUGAGCUGACACUGCUUGUGAGGCUGUAUAUUUCUUAUACUCUUAUAUAUCUAUGUGUAGCAUUUGUGGCAUCUAUGUUAACCGAUGAACUUCUUUGACCUGUGGGUUCCACCAAACUGUUGUGUGGUUAGCACACUGGCCUGUGAGCCUUAGCACUUACAACUCAUCCAGUCAUUAUUAGAGCAUUCAACUUUACCGCUUAGACCUGAAAAAAUAAAAAUGUGAAAGUUAUUCAAUUAAAUUACUCAACAUUCAUGAUGCUGCAUAUGACAUUAGGAAUUUAUAGGAGACUGGUGACUGCCGUAACAGCCAUCUUGGAUUUUUCAGAUUCGUUUAAAGUGACAGAAUGGCACUGCUGGAUUAUUAACCUAGACACUCACAUUCUUUGCUAAACAAUUAGGCACCAUACAAUUACAGGCUUAACAAAAAAAUGGUUUAACAGCUAGGCUAUGAAGCCCAAGAUUUAUACGUCAACAACAGGUUUGGAAUAUAAGCUUAGUUUAGUUUAUCUUAAGCUCAACAGUCACAAGUGUAGCUGUGAGUUCACAUGAGAGAUAAUCCCACUUGUGGGACCCUGGAGAAUGUAUUUCUACACUUAAAACUGUAUUUAUGUCUGUACAAGAUUGCAGCAGUAUUUAAGGUCUUCAGUAUCAGCUGUGUUUGCCUUUCGGAUGUGCGGGACAUUGAACGAAGGGAAGAAAAACAUCCUUACCAGUGUUUAUUUUAUUAAGGCAAAAACAGACCUUUCAUGCUGGAAAAAAAAGUAGUCUUUUAAUGCUAACAUCUGUCGGCUCAUUUCUGAGUAUAUCCAAGAAAUUUUAAAUGUGGUGUAUAGAUGUGUUCCCUCAGAUUCUUGUAUUGGGAUGUAAAUAACUUUAUUUUGUCAUUGUUAACUCUUUACCAGGCAGUCCAUUGUAGUUACUGGCCUCUUUGGGUAGGCCAGUAAAUAUAUUGGCCUGCCCGGUAAAGGGAAGGAAGAGUGUCCGUACAUCCCACUUAUGAGGGUGCGUCAUGGCUGUACAGCAGAUUCCUAACAGAGAGGAGAACUCUCUGGAGUCUUAGUUUUAGUGUAACUCAGGCCGGGCUGCAAAGGGAAGAACCUUCAAAACCGGUCACAGGUAUAUCACGGGCCAAAAUUAUGUACUUGUACAGAUUCCCACUUCGAUAUGCCGCCCUGAGAAACCUUUGUUGGCAUGUUGAAGGAUUCCUGGGGCUUCAUUUGUCAUACCGUAAAAAUGACUUUGUGGUCUCUCAAGCAAGAAUCCUUAGGUGUACCCCAGGGUCCUGUUAGUGGCAGGGUCCUGUUGAACUGUUAGUGGCAGGGUCCUGUUGAACUAUUAGUGACAGGGUCCUGUUGAACUGUUAGUGGCAGGGUCCUGUUGAACUGUUAGUGGCAGGGUCCUGUUGAACUGUUAGUGGCAGGGUCCUGUUGAACUGUUAGUGGCAGGGUCCUGUUGAACUAUUAGUGGCAGGGUUCGUAUGAGUGUGUGUGGCAGGGUAAGCAGCACUCAUCUGCGCCUAGGGUGACACACAUGAACCUACAGACCAGGCUACACUGCAGCCUCUUCCAGUCUGUGUCACUUUGGUCAAGUUUGGUGAAGAGUAAUAAGUGUGUACAUGUAUGUAUGUAAGUGUGCUCAGACAGCAACAUAGCAAAGAAUACGUGGAUACGAAGAGACAACAUAAGUAAAGCGAAGUUAGAACAGAACACUGCGUGGUGUGUGGCUGGUGGCAUGGAUCAAGGUAACUGUAGUGUCUGGCUGGUGGCAUGGAUCAAGGUAACUUUAGUGUCUGGCUGGUGGCAUGGAUCAAGGUAAAUGUAGUGUCUGGCUGGUGGCAUGGAUCAAGGUAACUGUAGUGUCUGGCUGGUGGCAUGGAUCAGGAUAACCGAAGUGUGUGGCUGGUGGCAUGGAUCAAGAUAACUGUACUGUGUGGCUGGUGGCAUGGAUCAAGGUAACUGUAGUGUCUGGUUGGUGGCAUGGAUCAAGGUAACUGUAGUGUCUGGCUGGUGGCAUGGAUCAAGAUAACUGUGGUGUGUGGCUGUGGCAUGGAUCAAGAUAACUGUAGUGUG